AUCCAAUAAGCUCCAGUCCGUAUUUCCCCUGGAGCCCAUCUGGCUCGCUGGCAGGUUUGUUUACUGGCGGAGAGGCUGGGAGAAGGGGAUCCUGCAGGACCUGGAGACGGCACCGACUCUGUCCUGUCUGUGCGAGGAGGACAAGCGAAAUCGCACGAGUGCGCCCGCAGAUUUUCUCCUCUCCACACUCACGCGCGCGCGCCUCGGUCGUUGUCUUUGCAUCUGCGCCGGACACGAGCGCAACUUGGAGAAUCUGAUAAUUUAUUUUAUUUUAUUGUGCGCCUCCAAAACAAACACGCGCGGAGCGGAGCCACGACGGAGCGUCGUCUGUCAGCGUUCGGAGAAUCUGUGCCCGGGCUGAGGACGAGGCGAGGCUGUGGAGCGGGUCCACGCUCCGCGUUUCACAACCCACGCGAGUCAACUGGGAUGUUUUGCGCUCGCUGCGGGACUUGAGAGGAUUUUACGAAAGACGCGCUAACGUUGCGCCACGCACGCCACAGUCCGCAGCGAACGGCUCCACAAAGCUAACGAAUUAAGUUGAGGGGCGUUUUUAAUGAUGUGCACUCGCACGCCACGCUUUUGUUUUUUAAAAAGGAGGAAGAAUUCCGUCUGAAUGUGUUUGCAUGACAUUUGUCAGAGUUCAAGUGAGACGGGGCUGGCGAAAAGCAGCGCAAACUUCACUUGUGGCCUGGAUUGUGGUGGCGGAGCACGGGCUAGCAUGCUAGCUAGCUAAUCGGAUAGCAACAGCGUUAGCUUCUUCUCGGCUGCCACGUCGGGUUUGACUUUUUCCCCCCACAUCCUCCUGCUCAACCGGGACUUCUAAAUUAUCUGAUGCUGGACCGAUGUUGAAAGACUCAAAGGGAGCGCUCGUGGGCCGCGUGGCGCCCGUGAACGGGGCUUCUCCAUGAGGAGGCUAACGUUAGCCGCAGCAGCAGCGCUAGCUCACGAGCGUUUGAGUGAACACGUUGGACCCGUUCCUCCGCCCAUCUUCCGGGAUGUCUGAUGUUUAUUUUUGUUUACCUGUUGGCCCACGCCGCAAAACAAAACCAGUUUCCUGAGGCAUUUCUCUCCAGUCUAGACUGUCCGCCUCGUCAAGGAUUAUUGCGUGUUGACCUGGAUGGUGUCUCACACCGGCUCAGUUAUGCGUCUCCGGACUUUGUGUUUGGGUUUUGCGCUGGCCGCUGUCUGCUUUGUGAUGAGCUGUCAUCCAGCGACAGGAGAGAUUUGUCCAAGUAAGGACAUCCGGAACAAUGUGACCAACCUGCAGACACUCGAGAACUGUACUGUGAUCGAAGGUCACCUGAAGAUCUUACUCAUGUUCAAGACCAAGCCUGAGGAUUUCCGCGGCCUCAGUUUCCCCAAGCUGAGAGUGGUGACCGACUACCUGCUGCUCUUCAGAAUCUACGGUCUGGAGAGCCUCAGCGACCUUUUCCCCAACCUGACGGUCAUCAGAGGCAACAACCUGUUCUUCAACUACGCCCUGGUGGUGUUCGAGAUGCUCCAGCUGCGGGAGAUCGGCCUCCACAGCCUGAUGAACAUCACCCGAGGAGCCGUGAGGAUCGAGAAGAACCCCGACCUCUGCUACCUCUCCACCCUGGACUGGUCCAAGAUCCUGGACUCGGUUGAAGACAACUACAUCACGGUCAACAAGAACGACAGGGAGUGCGGAGACGUUUGCCCGAGGGCGGCCGACGGGAAGACCACCUGCCAGACGACCACCAUCAACGGACUGUUCAGUGAACGCUGCUGGACGCAGAACCACUGUCAGAGAAUGUGUCCUGUUCAGUGCAAACAUCGAGCCUGCACCAGGGACGACCAGUGCUGCCACGACCAGUGCCUGGGCGGCUGCCUGAGGCCCAGCUCGGCCAGCCACUGCGUGGCCUGCCGCGGCCUCCAGCACGAGGGCAGCUGCGUGGAGCGCUGCCCCGAAAGCCACUUGGUCUUCAAAGGCUGGCGCUGCGUCUCCUCCUCCUUCUGCCAGGACCUUCACAACAAAUGCAAGCGGGAGAAGGAGCACAGCAAAGGCACCGACUGCCACGAGUACGUGAGCCACAACGGCGCCUGCGUCCCCGAGUGCCCGUCGGGCUACACCACCGUCAACUCCUCCUCGCUCCAGUGCACUCCCUGCGCCGGGCUCUGUCCGAAGGUGUGCAUGGGUCUGAAAACCGUGGACUCGGUCACGGCCGCCCAGGCUUUAAGAGGCUGCACUGUUCUCAAUGGGAGUCUGGUCAUCAACCUCCGUGGAGGAAACAACAUCGCAGCUGAACUGGAGGCCAGCCUGGGCCAGCUGGAAGAGAUCACUGGCUCCCUAACAGUGCGACGUUCCUACGCCCUGGUGUCCCUCUCGUUUUUCCGCAAACUGCGUGUUAUUCGUGGAGAGGAACAGGAAGCCGGGAAUUACUCAUUUUACGCCCUGGACAACCAGAACCUCCGGCAGCUGUGGGACUGGUCCAAGCACAAGCUCAACAUUCUGCAGGGACGCAUGUUUUUCCACUACAACUCCAAGCUCUGCAUGUCUGAGAUCCGCAAGAUGGAGGAGGUCACAGGAACCAAAGACCGGGAGGUGAAGAACUACAUCGCCUCCAAGACCAACGGAGACCAGGCCUCAUGUGAGAACCACGUGUUGAAGUUCACUCAGGUCCGAACCAUGAGCGAUAAAAUAAUGGUGAAGUGGGAAGCGUUCUGGCCUCCAGACUUCAGAGACCUGCUGGGCUUCAUGGUGCUUUACAAAGAAGCUCCUUUUCAGAACGUGACCGAGUUUGACGGGCAGGACGCCUGCGGCUCCAACAGCUGGGUCAUCGCUGACGUGGACCCUCCGCGCCGAGCGACGGAAGGCGACAAAGAGCAGUUCGAACCGGGCCAUCUCAUCAUGCCGCUGAAGCCCUGGACGCAGUACGCCAUCAUGGUGAAAACCCAGCUGUCGGCCUCCGACGAGCACCAGGUCCAUGGAGCCAAGAGCAACAUCAUCUACGUUCGCACCAAUGCCACCAAACCCUCGGUUCCGCUGGACCCCAUUUCCUCAUCCAACUCUUCCUCCCAGAUCAUCCUCAAGUGGAAACCUCCCAAUGACCCCAAUGGCAACAUCACCCACUACCUGGUCUUCUGCCAGCGCCAGCCUGAAGCCAGCGAGCUCUACAAGUUUGACUACUGUCAGAAGGGGAUGAAGUUACCCUCGCGGGUGCCCACUCAGGUGGACAACGACGAGGAGCAGAAGUGGAACCAGACGGAGGAGCAGGGCCAGGGGACGCGGUGCUGCGCCUGCCCCAAGACGGAAAAGGAGCUCAAGAAGGAAAAAGAGGAUUCAGAGUACCGCAAAACCUUUGAGGAUUACCUCCACAACGAAGUCUUUGAGAUAAAACACUCGAGACAGCGACGCUCCGUGAUGGGCAUCGCCAACCGAACGCACCCCUUCCUCACCACCGCCCCAAGCCCGCCCAUGGGCAUGCCGUCCCCCGAGGAUGAGGACAAGGAAACCUUCGAGAGCACCAAGACUGUGGUCACGGUCCACUCCAAGGAGUCCACGGUCAUCUCCCACCUCCGCCAUUUCACCAGCUACCAGAUAGAGAUCCACGCCUGCAACCACCCCACCGACCCGGCCCGCUGCAGCAUGGCGGCGUAUGUCAGCGCCCGCACCAUGCCUGAAGACAAAGCUGAUAACAUUAUGGGCCCCAUUAGUCACAACGUUGUAGAAAGUACGGUGCAUAUUACAUGGCAGGAACCUGAAGCCCCUAAUGGCAUGAUCAUCCUUUACGAGGUCAACUACAAAAGGCUGGGGGACUCUGAGGAGUUGCACUACUGUGUGUCAAGGAAACUGUACAAAAGCAACCGUGGCUGCAGUCUGAAGGUGAUGCAUCCUGGGAACUAUACCGUCAGAAUCCGGGCCACAUCACUCGCUGGGAACGGAUCCUGGACCGAGCCCACAUACUUCUACGUGCAGGAUCCAACUGAUCCUCUCUACAUCGUAAAGAUCAUCAUUGGCCCAGUCAUCUGUUUUGUCCUGCUGUUUUUUGUGGCCUUGACCGGAUUCGUCAUGUUCAAAAAGAAUCAAACUCAAGGUCCCAGUGGUCCCAUUUACGCCUCGUCAAACCCAGAAUAUCUCAGCGCUAACGAUGUGUACGAGGAGGACGAGUGGGAGGUUCCCAGAGACAAGAUCCUCAUUCUGAGAGAACUGGGUCAGGGGUCGUUCGGCAUGGUCUACGAAGGCAUCGCCAAAGACAUUAUCAAGGGCGAGGCAGAAACACGUGUGGCAGUGAAGACGGUGAACGAGUCAGCCAGCCUGAGGGAGAGAAUCGAGUUCCUGAAUGAGGCCUCCGUCAUGAAGGCCUUCACCUGCCAUCACGUGGUACGUCUGCUGGGUGUUGUGUCCAAAGGCCAGCCCACGCUGGUGGUAAUGGAGCUGAUGACCCACGGAGACCUGAAGAGCUUCCUGCGCUCUCUGCGGCCUGAUGCGGAGAACAACCCAGGGCGUCCACCGCCCACCGUGAAGGAGAUGAUCCAAAUGGCUGCUGAGAUUGCAGAUGGCAUGGCUUACCUGAACGCCAAGAAGUAUGUCCACAGAGAUCUGGCGGCUAGGAACUGCAUGGUAGCUCAGGAUCUGACGGUCAAAAUAGGAGACUUUGGCAUGACGAGAGACAUCUACGAGACCGACUACUACAGAAAAGGAGGGAAGGGCCUGCUGCCCGUCAGGUGGAUGGCACCCGAGUCUCUGAAGGACGGAGUGUUCACUGCACAUUCGGACUGCUGGUCCUUUGGUGUGGUUCUGUGGGAGAUCAGCACGCUGGCUGAGCAGCCGUACCAGGGCCUGUCCAACGAGCAGGUCCUGAAGUUCGUUAUGGACGGAGGCUACCUGGACCGGCCAGACAACUGCGCUAACAGACUACACCACCUGAUGCAGAUGUGUUGGCAGUACAACCCCAAGAUGCGUCCCACCUUCCAGGAGAUCAUCGAGAUGCUGCGCGAGGACCUGCACCCUUCCUUCCAGGAGGUCUCCUUCUUCUACAGUGAGGAGAACAAGCCGCCCGAGAGCGACGACUUCGACCUGGACAUGGAAAACAUGGAGAGCAUCCCGCUGGACCCGUCGUCGUACUCCCAGAGGGAGCAGUGCUCGGACAGAGACGAGGCCGCCUCCAUGGGCCUGAGGGGCAGUUAUGAGGAGCACCACAUGCCGUUCACACACAUGAACGGGGGAAAGACCAACGGACGGAUACUGGCCCUACCACGGUCCAGCCCCUCCUAACAAACUAUACGUACCCCGCUCAGAAACAGUGAUACUUUAGGUUUAAAUAUAUUUUUGUUGUCAUUUUAUACAGAUCACACUUUUAUCACACUCUUCAGAUGCCCCUCAAUGCAUAUCUCAGGACCUUAUUUUUCUCCUCAGAUGCCACAAACACACUACAGUAAGUCCACGCACAGAUGGCAGAAGACACUUUUUGUAUUUAAGGAUGACUCUCCCACAUCCCUCUGUUAAUGAUUGUAGUUUAGAUACUGUACAUACUGUAUAUUGCCAAGUUUGUGCUGGGCUGGGUGGAUAAUGGAUUCAACUGUGAAACUAACUCUUGACACACAAGAAGGCUGCUAACUCCCCCCAUCUCUCCCUAAAGUCCAGAUGGACUCUCACUGCUAAUUCAACUACAGUGUUCAUCCCCGGGUAGCAACGUUUUGAAAAAAGUGCCCUUCUAUUUUGUCUGUGGCCUACAUCAGUUGUCAUGGGACUGUAUCUGAAUCUUUGUAAGGAAAUAGAUGACGAACUGAUAAUUAAAGGCUUCGGGAACUUUGUGCUGGGACGGUCGAAGGCUGUCCAUCCUCGAACAAACUCAUAUUCAUUGGAGAAGCUGGUUGAAGUGGCUUACCUCCUCACACACGGCAGUAUUCCAAAAAGGCUCACAGGAUUAACACAGGACCUUUUUCCGGAUUAUAUAUUUUUUUAAGUUAUUUACCAGUUCUCUUUUUUGAGUUUUCACAUUUACAGCUGAAGGAUAUAUAAACUGUAUUCACGUUGGCAAACAAGUUCCUCAGAUUGACCAAUAGCUGCUUCUUUGGUAUAUUUUAGUGGGUAUAGAGGAUAAAAUAUAUAAAUAUAUUAUUGAUGUUUUGUACAUAGCUGAUCUGUUGUCAUUCUUGAGGUAUUUCUGGUCAUAGAAAAUGUUUUUACAUGUUAGUCUCUUAUGUUUAUUUUUUUUCUAAUCCAGAAAAAUCAUUAAUUCGCUUUUUUGGACUCAUGAUCAACCAACAGCACUUGGCAUUUUGCUACGCGAUGCCCGGGGGGAGAAGUGUUCGGCGUCUUUGCUUAAGAUGUCUGCCUGUCAUAUCUAGAUCAAAUAAAAUAGUGCUGUAAAUAAUGCAGCAAUGCGCAUUGAUGAA